AUGAAGAAGGAUCUUAACGCUUUUUAUGAGAAUAUACGGGGAGGGGUUUGGUCCUACCGAGAUAAAAUGAAUUCUUUGAAGAAGGUCUUUGACAUUGAUAAAGAGCGGGAGGCUCAAGGUGUCAUUGUUUACUCUUCGGCUCGAGCAUGUACUCCUCCUCUAGUUGUUCCUAACAUAUUAGCUACUAUCAGAGUCUCCAUGGUCUCCCUUGGUCCAGACCAACCUUCUUCUGAGGUGAUCCAGUCCUCUGCUCAAGUUAUCAACUAUUUUACCAUCAAAGAUUCCCGCACCUCUCAAGAGGCACUUACUACAAUCUUUGAAGAGGAUCUUGCUUAUCUUCAAAACCUUCCUGAAGCAGAGAAGAUGGAACUAUUCUCAGAGGUCACUUUCUACACUUACCAGACUAUUUCUCUCUUUUCCUUUGUUGUUUUUGGUCAGGGUGAUGUUUUAGCUAUGGGUAAUUCGUCUAAGGAAAGGAAUAUCUGGAAGGGGAAAUGUAAGGAAGCUGAGCAAGAGAAAUUAAAGCUUCUACGAGAAAUGUUAGUUCUUCGUAAGAAGGAGAGUCAGAAGAAGUCUCGGGAUGAGCCCGACAUUGCUGUUGCAGAGAUGAAAUCCCGUGAUGCCAAGGUCGCGGUAGCUCUUCAACAAGUGAAGGAAUCCAGAGCUAAGGAGCGCAAAGCCUACGAGGGAUAA